AUGGGAAAUCAACAGUCAAAUCUAGGUGGUGGUUCUGCCGACAGCAAAGAUGACAAGGACAAAAAGAAGGAAAAGCAAAAGUACGAGCCACCCCCACAGCCCACAACCAGAAUUGGCCGGAAGAAGCGCAAGCAAGCUGGUCCCAACGCCUCCGCAAAGCUCCCAGCCGUCUACCCAACCUCAAGAUGCAAACUGAAAUAUCUCCGCAUGCAACGCAUCCACGACCACCUGCUGCUCGAGGAGGAAUAUGUUGAGAACCAAGAGCGCAUUCGCAAGACGAAAGCUCAGGCCUCUGCGUCUCACGCCACCAGCGGUGAUCUUGAAUCCUUGGAUCGAAAUGCUGAUGAACGCAGCCGCGUGGAUGAUAUGCGAGGUAGCCCCAUGGGCGUUGGCAAUCUCGAAGAGAUGAUCGAUGAUGACCAUGCCAUCGUCUCCAGCGCGACGGGUCCUGAAUAUUACGUAUCCAUCAUGUCCUUUGUUGAUAAGGAUCUGUUGGAACCUGGCGCGAGCAUCCUCCUUCACCACAAAUCCGUCUCAGUCGUGGGCGUGUUAACGGAUGAUGCAGACCCUCUCGUCUCAGUCAUGAAACUCGACAAAGCGCCUACAGAAUCAUAUGCAGAUAUAGGCGGACUCGAGUCGCAGAUCCAGGAAGUCCGGGAGGCUGUCGAACUACCCCUUCUCCAUCCAGAACUCUAUGAGGAAAUGGGUAUCAAACCGCCCAAGGGCGUCAUUCUCUACGGUGGGCCUGGGACGGGUAAAACGCUCCUAGCCAAAGCCGUCGCCAAUCAAACAAGUGCUACUUUCCUACGAAUCGUCGGCAGCGAAUUAAUCCAGAAGUACUUAGGAGAUGGACCCCGCUUAGUCCGGCAGAUCUUCCAGGUUGCCGCGGAACAUGCCCCAUCCAUCGUUUUCAUUGAUGAAAUCGACGCCAUUGGGACGAAGCGGUACGAGUCUACGUCGGGUGGUGAACGUGAGGUCCAGCGGACUAUGUUGGAACUCCUCAACCAGCUCGAUGGUUUCGAUGACCGCGGUGACGUAAAAGUCAUCAUGGCCACGAAUAAAAUUGAGACACUGGACCCAGCGCUGAUCCGGCCCGGUCGUAUUGAUCGGAAGAUUCUCUUUGAGAAUCCGGAUCAGAAUACCAAGAAAAAAAUCUUCACCCUGCACACCUCCAAAAUGUCCCUGGGCGACGAUGUCGAUCUGGACGAGUUCAUCAAUCAAAAGGACGACCUGUCCGGUGCAGAUAUCAAAGCUAUCUGCUCCGAGGCGGGGCUGAUGGCGUUGCGCGAGCGGCGAAUGCGUGUGCAGAUGGCUGAUUUCCGCGCUGCGAGGGAGCGUGUCAUGAAGACGAAGAGCGAGGGUGAGCCGGAGGGGCUGUAUCUGUAA